GACCCUUACUAUGGAUUUAAUGAUGUUAACUACAGAUGGAUCUCCUUGGAUAACUGGAUCUAUCGCAAGGAGUUUAAAAUCCCCUUUGAUAUUAGUAAAUGGCAAAAAGUAAAUCUGGUUUUUGAGGGAGUCGACACAGUUACAGAAGUCCUACUCAACAAUGUCAUUAUUGGGAAAACAGACAACAUGUUCCGCAGCUAUAGCUUCGAUGUUACCGACCUGGUCAGAGACUCGAACUCACUGGAGCUGCGAUUCCGCUCCGCAGUGCGGUACGCGGCAGGGCAGAGCCGAGCGCACUCUCGCUACCAGGUGCCCCCGAACUGCCCGCCCGCAGUGCAAAAUGGGGAGUGCCACGUCAACUUUGUCCGCAAGGCGCAGUGUUCCUUUAGUUGGGACUGGGGGCCUUCCUUUCCCACCCAGGGGAUCUGGAAAGAUGUUCGAAUCGAAGCCUAUAAUAUUUGUCAUCUGAAUUACUUCACAUUUUCCCCAGUUUACGAUAAUGGUGCCCAAGAGUGGAAUAUUGAAAUAAAGACUUCUUUUGAUGUUGUCAGCUCAAAGCCAGUUGGUGGUCACGUAAUAGUAGCUAUUCCUAAAUUGCAAACGCAGCACACAUACAGCGUUGGACUUCAACCUGGGGAAAGGAUUGUUGAGCUACUUGUGAAAAUUAACAAGAACAUUACUGUGGAAACUUGGUGGCCUCAUGGUCAUGGAAACCAGACUGGGUACAACAUGACUGUCCUUUUUGAACUGAGUGGAGGCGUAAGGAUUGAAAAGUCAGCUAAGGUUUAUUUCAGGACAGUGGAACUCGUAGAAGAGCCCAUCAGAGGGUCUCCGGGUCUGAGUUUCUACUUCAAAAUCAAUGGAUAUCCCAUAUUUCUGAAAGGCUCGAACUGGAUCCCAGCAGAUUCUUUCCAGGACCGAGUAACUCCUGACUUGUUACGGCUCCUGUUGCAGUCUGUCGUGGACGCUAACAUGAAUGCUCUUCGCGUCUGGGGAGGAGGGAUUUACGAGCAGGAUGAGUUCUAUGAACUCUGUGAUGAACUUGGGAUAAUGGUAUGGCAGGAUUUUAUGUUUGCCUGUGCCCUUUACCCAACGGAUCCUGGCUUCCUGGAGUCAGUGAGAGUGGAAGUUGCUCACCAGAUCAGAAGACUGAAACCUCAUCCCUCUGUGAUCAUAUGGAGUGGCAAUAAUGAAAACGAAGCAGCUCUGAUGACGAACUGGUACGCUAUAGACCCCAGGGACCUGCAGACCUACAUCGAUGACUAUGUGACGCUCUAUGUGAAAAACAUCAGAGAGGCUGUCUUGGCAGGAGACAAGAGUCGUCCUUUUAUUACAUCCAGUCCUACCAACGGGGUCGAGAGCAUCGCAGAAGGCUGGGUCUCUACUAACCCGUACAGUACACAUUUUGGAGAUGUGCAUUUCUAUGACUAUGCCAGUGACUGCUGGGAUUGGAGAAUCUUCCCUAAAGCUCGAUUCAUAUCUGAAUAUGGAUACCAGUCCUGGCCUUCCUUCAGUACGUUAGAACAGGUCUCGUCUAAAAAUGACUGGUCUUACGACAGCAACUUUUCACUUCAUCGACAACAUCAUUCAGGGGGAAACAGUGAAAUGCUUCAUCAGGCCCAGCUUCAUUUCAAACUCCCCCAAAGCCCAGACCCAGUGCGUGCCUUUAAGGAUACGAUCUACCUUACGCAGGUGAUGCAGGCCCAGUGCGUCAAAACCGAAACCGAGUUCUACCGCCGCAGCCGCAGCGAGAUCGUGCGAGGCGAGGGCCACACCAUGGGGGCCCUUUACUGGCAGCUGAAUGACAUCUGGCAGGCCCCCUCCUGGGCCUCCCUGGAGUACGGAGGGAAGUGGAAAAUGCUCCAUUACUUCGCGCGACGUUUCUUCGCUCCGCUGUUGCCGGUCGGCUUCGAGGAUCAGAAUGUGUUCUACGUCUCGGGCGUGUCGGACCUCCACUCGGACUGCAGGGUGACGCUCACGGUGAGAGUCCACGCGUGGAGCUCGCUGAAGCCCCUGUGCUCGCGGGCGACCGAGCGUCUCGUGAUGGGAGCAGGGAAGGCGGCUGUCCUCUAUCGGGAGCCAGUGCCCGCGCUGCUCAGGAGAUGUGGGGGCUGCACGCGGGGAGGCUGUGUGGUCUCCUUCUUCCUCUCAGCAGACGGGGGCCUCCUGAGUCCGGUCAACUACCACUUCCUGUCCUCGCUGAAGGAGGCCGUGGGACUCCGCAAGGCCCGUAUCACUGCCGUCAUCUCCCAGCAAGCUGACACGUUUGCUUUUGAUCUGGAAACCUCAGCGGUCGCUCCCUUUGUCUGGCUGGACGUCGGAGGAAUCCCCGGGCGAUUCAGUGACAACGGUUUCCUCAUGACUGAGAAGACACGAAGGGUGUUAUUCCACCCCUGGAAACGCACCAGCAAGAGCGAACUGGAGCGAUCGCUUCAGGUGACCUCCUUGGCGGAUAUGUACUGAGGGAGUCCAGGCUGUGUCUGCAGUGGACACCCAGAGUGAAGCCUUUGGCUGGAGGGGAGGCACCUGGCGACGGCCGGAGAUGACGAGCUGGACAAGCCGGGCCACGUCUGCUGGCCGCUGCACCUGCUGGCUCCUCCGAGUCUGCAGUGGACUCUGCCAAGGAAGGCCAUGUGCCAGGCGACGCCCUCAGGCAAGGCCAUGCCCUGGUGUCCUGGUGCCUCCUGCAUCUUCAGCCCCUACGCCCCAGCUUUGGCACCACAUGAGCUAGGUACAACUGCAGCCUUCCAGCGAGUCACAGGAAGGUGACAUGGCAGUGUCCACGCAGCCAUGUGCGGGGCUUCCAGGUGCCCUGUCAUCAUUAGCAUUGAGAAA